AAUAGCUCCGUGUUUUUCCUCAUUUUCUUACCGUUGCUUUUAUCCGUUGCUGCCCUCACCAUCGCCAUGAAAACCCUCGAGUCCGACGACAAGCCCUUCAAUCCCUUCUACAUUGGCCCGCAUCCCAGCAAGGCGUGUGCCAUUCCCGAGAUUCCCGGCCAGCAGUGCUCGCCCAACUGCCAGGAACAUGUGCAACCAGCUACAGCGACAAACAAGCCACCAUCCGGAGCAACGGCCACCAAUGCUUAUCCAACGGAUGCCAACAGCGUGCCCACCGGAGCUGCGGGCGGCAUGCUAAUCGUGGGCAUGGCCAACAUAUAUAGCACCGUCGAGGUCCUGGCCGCCGCCGCCGCUCGAAUGGGCGGAGCAGCCGGAGCGGGGGCGGGCGCUCGAGCGGAUCAGGGUCCGCCGGCCCCAGGCAGCACCAUAUGCAAGCCGUAUCCCUGCAUGGAGGGCGCUCGCAGCGAUAGUCCAGGCUGUGGUUAGACCGGAGCAAGUUCACAUUGGAUCCAGAAGCAAUAUUCUACCAACUGGCUUUUUAAAUUGGCUAAGUCGCAACACCAAGUUAGCCCCAAAUACACUAAUAAAAUCAUAGAAAAACAA